UAUAUAUAGUAGAAUUAGAUAUAUAUACAGCGAAAAAAGCUCAAAAAAGCAAAAUCAUUAUAUGAUCUGACAAUUUCUGCCAAAUGCCACGCCCUUUUUUCCAUAAGCUUAUUCUCUCCACUACUCUCCAGGACAGGAAACUGAGGAUACCUGAUAACUUUAUUAAGAAAUUCAGGGAUGAGCUUUCUGUUGCUGCCGCUCUCACUGUUCCUGAUGGUCAUGUUUGGCGUGUAGGAAUAAAGAAAGUUGACAACAAGGCUUGGUUUAAGGAGGGUUGGCAGGAAUUUGUCGAACGUUACUAUAUCAGUGUUGGCUACUUUUUGAUUUUCAGAUAUGAAGGGAAUUCCGCUUUCAGUGUUAGCAUAUUUAAUUUGUACAACUCUGAAAUAAACUAUCAAACAAAUGCUCUUGUUGGUAAUCAAUACAAUCUCGGAAGACAAUAUCCAUUUGAAGAACUUGAAGAUGAUGAAUGUGUCUCUCCAGCGCUGCCUAAUUUGUUUGGUGGGUCCAAACUUAACUGUAUAAACUGGAGUGGAGAAGUCAACCAUCACGCACCUAAGGGUGUUAAUAAUCAACCUAUUCGCGUGAAAUUGCAUUCUUCAGGUGCAGAGCUACCAAAACUGAAAAAACCAGGGAGGAAAAAGCAGAAGUUUGAGCCUAGUGAAGAGGAUUCAUCUCUUGGACAUGAAGAUGACAUGGAAAUGCGUAAUAGAUUUUAUGAAAGUGCUUCGGCCAGGAAGAGAAUUGUGACUGCUGAAGAAAGAGAGAGAGCGAUUAAUGCAGCCAAAGCAUUUGAGCCUACUAACCCUUUCUGCAGGGUCGUCUUGCGACCGUCUUAUCUAUACAGGGGAUGUAUAAUGUACUUACCAUCGUGCUUUGCUGAGCAACAUCUAAGCGGGGUUUCAGGAUUCAUUAAACUUCAGCUUCCGGAUGGUAGACAGUGGCCUGUUCGAUGCCUUUAUAGAGGAGGCAGGGCUAAGUUCAGUCAAGGAUGGUAUGAAUUUACAUUGGAGAACAAUUUGGGGGAAGGAGAUGUCUGUGUCUUUGAACUGCUCAGAUCGAGGGAAUUUGUGCUCAAAGUCACCGUAUUUCGUGUAAUGGAAAGUGCUGGACUAAUGUACCGGUCCCAAUAAAAGCCAACUCGAGUUAAACCAGUUAUAAGUAUAGUGGCUGCCCGGCUGGUAAUUUAAGGAAUAUUAAACUCUGUUAAGCUACUCUUCCUUUCGGGUGACGUCUAACUUUUACGGUCCUCCAUAAGAAAUUUAGCUUCUACCGCCAUUUUGAUGUUCAUAAGUUUUUAUAAUGGUAACUUUUUUCCUGCUUAGGAUAGUUGAUAUGAAAAUUUUGUGUCUCGACUAGGUCUGUAAAUAGAUUGCCCAAUGAAUUUGAACUCGAACUAGAUUGAAAAAAAUGGGUACUUACUUUAUGGUCUUUUAUUUUUGGUGGAAAAAAAAGCUCCAUUUACUGCUUGGAUUGGAAUUCCUAGAGAUACUUUGAUGCUGUAUAGUCUCUAGAGCUGGUCUUUCAUUGAUGUGGAUCAGUUGUUUCUAGCUUCUUUGUCUUCCCCGGUUUAUCUCGUGAUAAUAGAUUAGCUAUGGUUGUCAUUGAUAGGCAGUCGUUAACCAUACGAUGGAAGGAGAUAAGGAUCAUGUGUAUAUUUGUGUAUGUAUAUAGGCCUAUUCAUGAGGGUAAACUGAAGUCAUAGCAGUAGAAAUGGUGAUUUCUGCUACCUGGUGGUAAAAGUAGCAUGGAGGCCCCUGUAAUAGGUGUCAGAUUGUAUUUUGCUCCCUUCACUCAAACAAUGGGCAAAUUAGUCUCUGUUAGUUAGAUUAAAGAUUAAAUUGGUCAUUUCUAUUAAAAA